AUGGAGGCGGAGAACGCCAGGAGUGUGUUGGACCUGGUGGCCGCGUUCGAGGAGCAAAGGGAUCGCCUCACUCCGCGCGCCCAGGCCAGCCCUGCAAGCAGCUGUGUCCAAGGGCUUCCCGGCUCCGUGUCGAGCCAGGACCAGAGGCUCUGCCUGAUGGCCGGCACAUCCCAAGUGCAGCAAGAGAGCGAGGAGGAGGAGGAGGAGGAGACACAGCCUUUCUCGGAGCGGCGGCAGCGGGGGCUCAGCUUCAAAUGCCUGCGCUCGCUCCAGCACAAGAUUGGCGAGGGUCACUGGAGGAGGCAGCAGGACUCGGGUCUUGAUCCGGGCGGAAAGUUAAGCUCUGGAAGCAGCCUGAGCCAGGAGCCAGAGGAAAAGAAAAUUGCUCUGGAGCUGCUGGAGACGGAACAAGCUUAUGUCAGUCGCCUCCACCUUCUCGACCAGGUGUUCUAUAUGGAGCUGAUGAAUGAAGCCAAAAAUGGGAAGAUGGUCCCAGAGGAGGUGGUAAAAAUGAUCUUYUCCAACAUCUCCUCCAUUUACCAGUUCCAUGCCAGGUUCUUCCUGCCGGAGCUGCAGAAGCGCAUGGAGGAUUGGAGUUCCAAUCCGCGAAUUGGGGAUGUGAUCCAGAAGCUUGCGCCGUUCCUCAAGAUGUACGGUGAGUACGUGAAGAACUUUGACAAGGCUCUGGAGCUCAUCACCAUCUGGUCGGAGAAAUCGCCCCCCUUCCAGGAGCUCAUUGCUGACAUCCAGAAGAGGAAGGUCUGUGCUAACUUAACGCUGCAGCACCACAUGCUGGAACCUGUGCAGAGAAUCCCGCGCUACGAGCUCCUCCUGAAAGACUAUGUCCAAAAACUGCAGCCCGGGUCCCCGGACAGGGCUGAUGCAGAGAAGGCCCUGGAAAUGAUUUUCAUGGUGGCCAAGCACUCGAAUGCGGCUAUUGCUGAGAUGGAGCGGCUGCAGAACCUCUGGGAGGUCUAUCAGAGACUGGGCCUUGAGGAUGACAUUGUGGAUCCCUCCAAUGAGCUGAUCAAGGAAGGGCCGGUCCUAAAAAUCUCCUCCCGCAACAGCACGUCGGAAAAGUACCUGUUCCUGUUCAACAACAUGCUGCUCUACUGUGUGCCCAAGGUGAUUCAAGUGGGUGCUGAGUUCCAGGUCCACCUCCGCAUCGAUGUGGAUGGCCUAAAGGUCCGGGAGCUGAAUGACGUGCAGUUUCCUCACACCUUCCUGGUCUCUGGCAAGCAGCGGACACUGGAGCUGCAGGCCAGGUCCAGAGAGGAGAUGAACUCCUGGAUCAAGGCCUUCCAGGACGCCAUCAAGAGGAAGAAGAGCAGCAGUGAGAGCUUCAAGACUGCUACGCAUGGGCCAGAGAUGGAGGAGCUGGGCCGUCGAGCCCCGCAGUGGGUGCGGGACAACCUGGUGACCAUGUGCAUGCGCUGCAAGGAGCCCUUCAAUGCCCUCACUCGCCGCAGACACCAUUGUCGGGCUUGUGGAUACGUGGUGUGUGCUCGCUGCUCCGACUACAGGGCUGAGCUGCAGUACGACCGGAGCCGCCUGAACCGCGUGUGCCAGGAGUGCUACAUCUUCCUGACAGGACACGUGGUGCUCGAGGACCGUGAGGGGAAGCACAAGGGCAUCCUGGAGAAAGAAGCCGCAGAAGUAUCAGGCAGGAGUUUGCUCUGCAGUUCCCUGCAGCUGCUGGACAAGAACAGCAAGGGAGGCACGCGGGGCUGGUUUGUGAUCCCGCGGGAUGACCCCCUCGUGCUGUACAUCUACGCGGCCCCCCAGGACGUGCGGGCUCACACCUCCAUCCCGCUGCUGGGCUACCAAGUGAAGGAUGUGCCCCAGGGCGACUCCCGCCACGUGUUCCAGCUGGCGCAGUCGCGGCAGGUCCUCACCUUCGUGGCCGACACGGAGGAGCUCAAGCGGCGCUGGAUGAGGGCCAUGGCGCGCUGUGCUGCCGGCAUCACCCAGCCCGAGCAGGAUGAGGAUGCCGAKUCCUUUGAUGGAACAGAAUGAGCCCCCUUGGUGUUGAACCUCCUCCCUCCUCGUC